AUGCCCUCGAGCAAAUCAACUUUGUGCUCUGGUGACGCAAAGGCGUUUAUUCGAGACUAUAUGAAAUCUCAAUAUCGCCCAUAUUCAACAAGUGAUAUACAGCUGAAUUUGCACAACCAGGUCACGAGAUCAAAAUUGGGUCCCAUCUUGGACGAUUUGGUUGCCGAAAAAGAACUAAUAGUGAAGACCAUUGGGAAAACCAACUAUUAUUGCUUUAAGGAGUUGCACAUUGAAGAAAAUGUUGGAAUAGACGCUGGCGGCGAGGAAGAAGCAUUCAAAGAACAGUUAAAGGUGUUGGAAGCACGAAUAGAGAUACUACUCACUGAUAUUGCAAAGGUCUCCAAGUUACCAAGUAAUGAAAAAUUGGUUGCUUCCAUUGCCUCCAUUGAAUCUGAGAUUAACAAAUUGCAGCAAAAAUUUGAAUCAAUUGCAGAACAAUCAUCUAACUUGGAACUAAAAGAGAUUCAAAAGUACUCAAAUAAUUUAGUUGCUGUGCAUAAAUCAAGAAAACAAUUGUUUAAGGAUCUUUACGGCAAGUUGACCGAAGUCAUAGAUGGAAAGGAAAUAUUGGAAGCAUGUGAUAUAUGCCCUCAAGAACUCCAGUCCAAUCUUUGCCUAUAA